AUGGUACGGCCUAAGGCUUCGCAGACCUCGGCGGGCACCUGCCCGGCUGCUGCCGCCGGGGUCGCGCAGGAUUGCGGCAUCGACACGGACGAGCCCGCGGUCGUCAUCAUCAACAAGCAUCCGGCCUGUAGAAAUCACUUCCUGCUCGUGCCUGCUGUCAAAGAGAGGUGGCCGCAGGAGCUGACCCAAGACGCGUUGGCUCUGGGCGUGGCCUUUGCCUUCCAGAGCUCGCGCAGGCUCUGGCUGUCCUUCAACUCGAUCGGCGCUGGGGCUUCCGUCAACCACCUUCAUCUGCAGGGCUUCUGUGCGGGCUCCUGCGACGGAGACCGGGUCUUUCCUUUCGAGGCGCACGCGCGCUCCGCGGGCCUCCUGCCCGCCGCAGAGGCCCGUGGUCCCGUGUCUUUGUCCCGCACCCGUGGGGGGCCCAAAGGUUGGCCUCUCGUCGGUUGGGUGUUCACGUGGACGGAUGGGGAGGUGCUUGAGUGGGACACCAACCUCGUAGCCUACCGCCUCGCUGAGUUCGUCCACCGCUUCGUGGCCGCGCUGCAGGUCAUGGACAUGGCGCACAAUGUCUUGAUGAACCUGGGGCGCAGGCAGGUGAUCGUCUUCCCGCGGCGCACGCUGUUCGAACAAAGCUUCGACGUAUCCCAACUCCAGGUGUCUGGACAUGAGACACUGGGAUGGUGGGUGGUGGCGAAGGGCUCCACAGACCUCGACGAGAGCUCCGCUUUGCAGCUGUUGGCGAGGGCCGCUUUGGACAAGCGCGGGCACCAGAAGGUCCUCCAGAUUCUGGAGUGGAUUGGCUGGCGCCUGCACGACGAGGACCCCUCUGCGAGCCUGCUGCGCCUGACGGAAGAAAAAGCCUGCGCAGCGGCCGCCGGGGUGGCCUCAGAUGCCCCGACGGUGGACUACGUGGCCAGGUUCAUCGCACGGACGCAGCAGAAGUACACGCACCGAGGCGGUGUCCGGCCUUUCGGCAUCUCCACCCUCCUGGGCGGUUUCGACAAUAAGGGCCAGCCAGCACUGUAUCAGACGGACCCGGCUGGAACGUACUAUGCCUGGAAGGCCACAGCCAUUGGGAAGAACUCCAAGAGCGUCACAGACUUCCUGGAGAAGAAGUACAAGGAGGAUUUGGACGAGGAUGCCACGAUCCGGCUGGCGCUGAAGGGCUUGCUCGAGGUGACGGAGGCUUCUGGCAAGAACAUUGAGGUCGUCAUUGUGAAGGAGGGUGGCAUCACGUGGAUGCCGGACGAUAAGCUCGAGCCCUUGGUCAAGGAGCUAGACGACACGGCAGAGAAGAUUGCCAAGCUCAAGGAGCAGCAGUGA